AUGGGCAAUCUGCUUAGUAAGUUUCGUCCCCCGCCCCGCCGCCGUCCCCUGCCAGGCCGAUGUCGCCCGCUGGUCUCUCCUGCCUGCUCAGCCUCCCAUCCUGUCCGGCACCACCCGGCUGCUCCGGCUGCUCCGGCUGCUCCCACACCUUCCCACUGCCCUGGGCACAGGCCAUUCCACCGGGAUCGGAGGCCUUUACCAGCUAGCUUUCAUGUGGAGCCAAAGAGACGGUAUCCGCUCCCUCAGGCCGUGUGUUCCCCUGUGGGCCUCCUCCCCUCGGUGAACUGGAAGGACCCUCCGAAAACACCUGUACGGUCUGCUUGUACCUCCAUCAUGUGCAGACCCUCGAGAACCGUGAGGAUCCCUCCACCCCGGCAGAAAUUCACUGUCCUGCCUUCCCAACCCCAGCAGACAGUCGAGGCUGUGAAGCCGAAACCAUCCAGUUACCUCCCCCCUUCCUGCCCAAAGGCGUUGGGGGAGAAGGUCCAAGAAGUGCCCAGAGAAGGGAAGGAAGAUUUGGGAGACACCAGAGGGCCGGAUGAUGGGAACAGGGCCCCCCACAGCAGUGGGGAUAUACUGUUGCCAUCCAGGCCCCUGGAGACCGGUGGACUGCUCAGUUCCCACCAAGGCAGCCCUGCACCUGGGGACCCAUCUCCCAGUCCCUCAGGAGACAGCUUGGGGGCCAACACUCAGACACCUCGGGUGAGCUGCCCCUCGCCCCCAACAGAAAGACCUGCUGUCACUUUAGAGGGCCCAGCUGGUGACGUUGCUCCUCUUCGGAAGCCUGCUCCGGAGGUAGCAGUGCUCUCGGACCCAACCCCAGGCUGCCCCUUGCUGCAGGAGACAUCAACACAGAAAGUGGUGGCUGAGAACCAUCGGCCUAGCCAGAGCACACCAGACCUCUUGAGGAAGGUCACAGAGGCGCAUAAGCCUCGAGGCAAGCCAUCCGAGCACCUUGCCACCAGUAUCUGCCACCAGGAGGCCCUCCAAAAGGAAAAUACCCAUGCCACUUUCUGUGCCUCUGCCAUCAGCAAUGCCAUUCCAGUGGGGCAGAGGAGAGUUGCCCCCACCUCCCAAGCUUCCUCGCAUAGCUUUGGGCAGAAACCUGGGCAUUCUGGACAAUACCGAGGGGCAGGGGAAGAUGAUCUUGGAGGGCAGAGCAGAGAUCCUGGCAGACAACGGGGCCACUCAACCUGCCCCUUCCUCCCCCCUACUUGCCUCCAAGACUACAGACUCCCUGCCCCGGGCCAUUCACACAUCACAGGUCCCUGGUCCUACCACCGACUUGGCUGA